UUGAGAUCCCGCGCGCGGGUUCACUUCAGCUGUCUUCAAUCAGUUUCAUUCGCGAUGCCGUCCUACCAAUACCUCAACGGUGGGAGCUACUAUGCGGGCUCUGGCAUCGCUUCGGCAGUCAAUGUCAUGCUCGAUGACAGUUCCUAUACAGGAUCGUAUAUUUAUGAGAGUUGUGAAAAUUAUCAGGAAUAUUACCCAGAAUUAGAAGAAUGGAAAAAGAAGUCGGUCAAAUUGUGGAACGGCACAGAUAUUGUACACUGGAUGAGUAGUAUAGCGCGUGAGUUGAAUAUAUGCGCGACAGACAUGAUGGCGGAGAAAUUCGCCAACUUCGACGGAUGUCAACUUUCAGGACUUACUCAGGACGAAUUCAUACUUCGUGAUCGUCAUAAUGGACUUUACCUCUACAAGAGAUUACAGGACCUAUUGGAGAGUGAAAGAAAAAAUUAUUACAUGCAUCACUCCAUGAAGCCUUAUAACCAGCUCAAAAUGGAAGACUACAUCAAAGAAGAACAGCCAGUUCUUACAAGACUCGAAGUGACACCGAAGAAGAAACCGAUGUCUCCUCCACCAUCACCACCUUCUCCACCUGUACCCUCACCUCCAAUCGUGAUACCCACGGCCAAGAAAGGACGUGGAAGACCCAGGCUGCCCAGGAGGAAGAAGAAGACUGAGAAAUUGGGUCGUCUAUGGGAGUUCCUUCGCGAUCUUCUCAAGAACCCGGAUUACUGCCCUAGUCUGAUUGUGUGGGAGAACCACGACGAAGGUAUGUUCAGGUUCGUACACAGUGACAAAGUGGCGAAGUUGUGGGGGAGCAAGAAGGAAAACCCGGACAUGAACUACGAAAAGUUAAGUCGUGCCAUGAGGUAUUACUACAAAUCCCAAGUUUUACUGCCAGUUUACGGCAGGAGGCUUGUGUACAAAUUCGGCCCCACGGCUAAAAACUGGAGGGUGGAAAAUCCCAAUUUCGUAAAAUAAUUAUUUUUAUGGCGUAAAAUCGAGGGGAAUUUCGCACCGAAUGUAUCAGUGCAAAUCUGCAAAAUAAUGACGUUUAUUUAAUUUUAUUAAGAAAGCUCUCUUUUCUAUUUCUAUUAAUUUAGUAAAUGUUGAAUGGUUUAAUUAAAAAAACGGUGUUAUUAAAUACCUUAAAAAUAGACAUAACUGUUAUCCUCUUCAUAUAAACAUUUUAAAUUACUAUAGUUACCAAAAGUUAAAAAAAUCCAUAACAUUCCCAAAGAUGGAAGCCUCGUGCCACGUUUCAACAAAAUGUUGGUCAAUACGUAAAGAAUUAUAUUAUAUAAUUUUUAGCAAUUUUCGAUUGAUUUUAUUAUAUUUUUUUAAUUUCCUAAAUUGAUUAUUGAAACGUAUUUUCGAAUUAAGGCAUUACUAAAAGAAAACAUGAAAAGGCCUAAAUGUCAUUCUAUAAAAUGGAGAUAAUGUGCUAAAAGUUUAAAUGGCUCAAAGAAGGAAUUUAAAAAGACUGCUAGAUUUUUUUUCCCCAAAUAUUUUUAUUGAUUCCAUUAAACAUAGUUAUAAAACUAUUAAGUUGAUUUCAAACUGUAAAGUUAUAAAUGUUAUUAAAAGUUGAACAAUUGUAUACAGAUCACCUUGAUUUGUUCAUAACAUUUAAACAAUUUUUGUAAACUUUUGCCAGAAAAUUAGAUAUAAACUUUUAAUUCACUCACGCAUAACUCGAUGUUGUUUAGAAUUAAACAUUUGACAUAGUUGAAGGCAAGAGUUUAUUUUUCGUGAUGUGAGAUUUAAUUUCAUUUGGUUUUAUUAGUUUAUAGAAAUAUUCCUUUUGAAAUCUUAAAAGUGAUUUUAGAUCUCACUAAAUAUACUUGAAGCUAGUGAUCAGUAUUGUAAAGAUUUUUCCGAAUCUUGUAGGAGUUUUUAAUGUUUAAAUUAAAUAGUAUUCUUAUUGAUGUUGAAAUGUUAGUCAUUUAUUGUACAUAGUAAAUAUAUAUAUAUAUAUAAUCUAUAUAAUCGUUACUUUAAGUGCAUAAUCUGUGAUUUGAAGUCCUAUUUCUGUCAGGGUUAAAAUAUAAACUUUUAAACUUUCUAAUUGUUUUAAUUUUAAUUUUUAAAAUAAAUAAAAAAAAAACAAAAAAAAUUAAGUGUCUUAUUCAUAGACAUUUAGUUGACUAUAUUCAUAUUGUAAAUGAAUUAUAUAUGUUUUUAUUUUAUUUAUAUACUUAAUUUAAAUGUAAGUGUUGAUUAUAAUUUUUAGAUUAUAUGUUUUGUUAUAUGAUCUUGGAAUCAGAUUAUUACAGAAAUAUAAUAAUGUAAGCUAGUAUUACCUGUUUGGGCUCUAUUGUUAAUAAUUGUUACCUAAUUACGUCAUUUUAAAGUUUAGAGAAUCGAAAGAUUGUUAAAUCUAAUUGAAUUUUAUGUAUGUUAUAUUUUCAAGUGUUUUCAUGAAGUAUAUUGUAUUUGACGGUACAAAUAUUUUUGAUCGCACUACGCACAUUCAUUGGUAUCUGAAAUAAAGAUCUCGUUGAAUUU